UCCGUUUUGACAUUCGAUGGCAACAACUCAAGAAUGUAGACCUUUGUAACUGCCUAAACGAUGUUUCUCCUUUUGGAAACAAGAGAAAAAACAUAACACGAUCAGUGUAGACAUGCACCAUGAGUUAUGGAUAAAGAUGUCAAAAGACCUUCCAGUCAGUAGGCUCUGACCACGUCUUGAAACAUGGAAGGGAAGGAGGAGCUACCAAUUCCAGGCAUCUGGGUGAAUGUCAGCUCUGCAGAACAGGAGGCAGCAGGGGGGCCACAUUCACCCAGGGUGAAGUUCAUGAUCGGUGAUGACUUUGAGGAGAGGCCUCGCAGUCCAGGUUGCUAUGAGCGAUCUGAUUCCGCAGACAGAAGGAUUGUGGUUGGGGUGUGUGCAAUGUCGAAGAAGGCUAUGUCUAAGCCAAUGAGGGAAAUUCUUCAAAGACUUGAGCAUUUUGAGAGAAUACAGAUUCUUGUGUUUGAAGAAUCUGUGAUCUUGAAUGAAUCCAUUGAGGACUGGCCUAUCUGUGAUGCUCUGAUAUCGUUCUACUCACACGGCUUCCCGCUUAGCAAAGCCAUUGCAUAUGAGAAGCUCAGAAAACCUUUUGUCAUCAAUGACUUGGAAAAUCAGUAUUGUUUGAGAGACAGGCGACAAGUGUACCAGAUUCUAGUCCAGGAGGGAAUUGCUCACCCAAGAUACGCUGUCCUCAACAGAAAUGAAGAAAAGGCUAUCAGUAAAUAUGUACAGACUGAGGACUCAAUAGAGAUAGAUGGUGUCCUGUUCCCCAAACCCUUUGUUGAGAAGCCUGUAGAUGCCGAAGACCACAACAUUCACAUCUAUUUCCCUAUGUCAGCAGGUGGAGGUAGCACACGUUUAUUUCGUAAGGUUCAUGACCGCAGUAGUGUGUACUCUGUUAUGAGUCGUGUAAGAUCUGCUGGUUCUUACAUUUAUGAAGACUUCAUGCCAACAGACGGCACUGAUGUGAAGGUGUACACAGUGGGUCCUGACUAUGCCCAUGCAGAGGCCAGGAAAUCCCCAGCACUGGAUGGGAAGGUGGAGCGGGACAUGGAUGGGAAGGAGAUCAGAUAUCCUGUUAUUCUUAGUGCCAAAGAGAAGAUGAUUGCCAAGAAAGUUUGUCUUGCUUUCAAGCAAAAUGUAUGUGGAUUUGAUCUGCUGAGAGCUAGUGGCCAGUCCUAUGUGUGUGAUGUAAAUGGGUUUAGCUUUGUGAAGACUUCCAGUAAAUACUAUGAUGACUGUGCCAAAAUACUUGGAACAAUGAUCAUGAGAGCCUUAGCCCCUCAGCUUCAGCUUCCAUGGGUGUUAGGGGCUGGGCCUGAAGAUAUACCAGUGGUUCCUACGACACAAGGACCCAUGAUGGAGCUGCGAUGUGUAAGUGCUAUUAUUCGUCAUGGCGACCGGACACCCAAACAGAAAAUGAAGAUGGAAGUGAAACAUAAAAAGUUCUUUGAAUUGUUUGAAAAGUAUGGAGGGCUGAAGAAGGCUCACCUGAAGCUCAAGAAACCGAAGCAGCUUCAGGAAGUGCUUGACAUUGUCCGCCACCUGCUGAGUGAGAGUCAGUACAAAGUGGAUCCAGAAGUGGAGGAGAAGAAGGCCAAGCUACAGCAGCUAAAACUUGUGUUGGAAAUGUAUGGACACUUUUCUGGAAUAAAUCGCAAAGUGCAGAUCAAAUACCAGCCUCAGGGUUGCCCUAAGAAGUCUUCCAGUGAAGAGGAUGAUGUGCCACGUGAUCCAUCCCUUCUACUAAUUGUCAAGUGGGAAGGGGAGCUAACUCCUGCAGGCAAGAUCCAAGCAGAAGAUCUAGGAAAGGCUUUCCGCACUUUAUACCCCGGAGGUCAGGGUCAGUUCGAAUCUCCUGGGUUGGGUUUCUUGCGACUUCACAGCACCUUCAGGCAUGACCUCAAGAUAUAUGCAUCGGACGAAGGUCGAGUUCAGAUGACUGCAGCGGCCUUUGCCAAGGGUUUGCUGGCUCUUGAAGGGGAAUUAACUCCAAUACUGAUGCAGAUGGUGAAGAGUGCCAACAAUAAUGGACUCUUGGACAGUGAGGGGAAGGAAUCCAAGUACCAGCUUGUGUGGAACAGUCACCAGGCUUUUGUCAAGGAAAAAUUGAAAGAUAUUUUUAAUGAAGACAAAGAUUUCUCUGAUGAAGAUUAUGAGAAGCUGGCUCCAACGUCCAGUAUAUCCCUUAUUAAUGCCAUGAAGUUCGUCAAGAAUCCUAGACAGAUGUGUGAACGUGUUCACGAAAUGAUCCAUGAAAUAACAUCCAAAAUCAGAGCUCUCAAGGUGGAACUCAAGUCCAGAGAUCUAAAGCUGUAUCAUGGGGAAUCAUGGGAGUUGCUGAUUCGAAGAUGGGCCAAGUUGGAGAAGGAUUACAAGACAAAGAUAGGGAGGUUUGACAUCAGCAAGAUCCCUGACAUAUAUGACUGCAUAAAGUAUGACCUACAGCACAACCAGAAGACAUUGCAGUUUGAGAGGGCAGAGGAGCUGUUCAUGUGUUCUAAAGCUCUUGCCGACAUCAUUAUUCCCCAGGAAUAUGGUAUCACUGUGGAGGAGAAACUACAUAUAGCCCAAAACUACUGCACCCCAUUGAUGCGGAAAAUACGCAGUGACUUGCUUCAGUGUCUACACUCCAGUGACUCCACAAUGGAUGAUAAUGCCACAAGACUAGACUCCCGGUAUUCUAAAGGUGUUGCAUCCCCAGAGAGAUUUGUGAGGACACGCUUGUAUUUCACCAGUGAGAGCCACAUACACUCACUGCUCACAAUGCUCAGAUAUGGAGGACUUUGUGAUCCAAAGAAAGAUGAGCAGUGGAAGAGGGCUAUGGACUUCCUCAGUGCAACAGCAGAGCUCAACUACAUGACCCAAAUUGUCUUAAUGAUGUUUGAGGACCCUAGCAAGGAUCCCAACUCAGAUGAGCGCUUCCACAUGGAGCUCCACUUCAGUCCUGGUGCCUAUACUUGCUGUGAUACCAGUCUGGCUCCUUCCUGUAGUAUGGGAUACAGACCUAAUCCAAAAUCAGACAAGAAGGAGAAGGGUUUUGUAGAAGGUUCUAUAAAGGGCUCAGCAUCCUGGCAGAAUUACACUUUACCUCCUGACCCCUUUAUGAAGCCACGACUCUCACAUUCAGAACAUCAAGCAACCAUUAUGGAGUCCCUGGAGAACAUGUACCUACAACAAGAAUCAAAGCCAAAUGAGAUAGCAGAGUCAAACAUGCCUGAGUGGGACUGGGGGACGGAUGAUUCUACUGAGACAAAAGUUUCAAGUCCUGACACAGAUGAAGAAAAGCAAGUGCCUGGAACAAGGGAGUCUGAUGAGACCCUAUCUACAAACAGUGUCUCGAAACCCAUUGCCAUCUCAAGAAACUCUUCCAGUAACAAACUGAGUGGAAGUUGCCCAUCAGGAACAAAUGGUGGACAGAAUUUGGAUGACAAGAAGAGUCGUAGCCUUGAUGAUAAAUCUAUUGACUCUGUUAGAGACCCAGAAAAAAAGCGCAGCCGAAGUCUAGAGGACAAAAACUCUAAUGGUGAUAACACAUCUGAACCAGCAUAUGUACAACGUCACUACAAAACUGUCAACUUACCGCUAUCGUCUCGGCAACAUCAUUCCUUUUCGAGCCUUUUCUACCUCAGCACUGAUGUGUUUAAAGAUAUUGAUGACCCAGAUAUGAUGCAAUUCUGGCUUGCUUUACAAAUCAAUGAAAUUGGCUUAUUAAGUACUAGUUUACUGUUGGGCUCAGCAAGCACGCCCGAUCUCAUGACCUACCAGCUCAAGAAUGAUGGUGCAUUUGGUGGAUUUGGAAUGGUUCCAUCACUACGGCCAUUGGAGACUCUACAUAACAACCUAACCUUCAAGGACAUGGAUGACUUUCUGGGUAUCGCAACCAACACCAAGUUUGUGACCCCGAUUGCAUCACCGCCAUACAGCAUGGUCGGCCCCCCUUCCACCCAUCCCGCUGCCACCGCCUCUGGCUUGCCCCUCAAUGUCUCUAGAGUGGGACACAGUCUCCCCUCUUCUAGCAACUCCUCCGGUGGUCCAUCAUCCCCGACAACAAUGUCAACACCAGUUGACAUAAUGCAGAAGCUGAAGAUGUAUAUUGACAGUCAGACAGAGAGCAUGAGAAUUGAAGCCGAAGCUGCCAAGGCUGCAGCUGCCACUGCAUCACAAAAUAAGAAAGAAGACGUAAAAGAUGACCCAGAAAUUAUGUAGAAUUUUAAUUGGAAAUAUUGUCACCAUGACAGCACAUUAUUUUUGACAAGAAUGGUGCAAUGCUUUGAAAUAAAUGUUACAGGAGACAUUUCCUGUUUUGCAUGAAAAAAAUGUGACUGUAAGAGAGGUAAGAAUCCACGAUUCAAGACUUUGUUGGCGUUGAGUGUGUGCAGGAGAUUCUUUGUUUCCUGUAUCUAUUGGUAUAUACCUCAUGGAAUGCUGAUCUCAAUGCAAACACUGAUCAUGGUUUCACCACAAAAACCACAUACCUGUAUUUGAGUACAUGAUGGGUGUUAUUGACUAUUUCUAUCCAAGAAAACAUCUUUAUGAUGUUGGUCAUACCAGAGGAGAAAUGGAAGUGUUUUGUUAACCAAGAUGACUUAUUUUCGAAAAUCUUUUCUCCAGAAUUUUAAGACAGCAUCUCCGACAUUUAUUACAUUUGACCAUGUGCUUUAUUUUGCUUUUUUUGCAACAUGUUCCUCUUUGGAGAAAUUGAUCAAUAGUCAUAUGAAGUACUUGAUCACUGAAACAUAAUUUCAGGUUUGUACAUAAAGGGUAGAGUAGGUUAGAUUCUGGUGUGAAAGGUGACUAUCUUUUUGCAGGGUGAUCUGAAUCGCCACCCAAUCCCAUACUUUACUAAGAAUUGCAUAAUUGUUCACCAUGCUUACUACUCAGGGCAAAUACAUGUAAAUAUUGUUAUACAUGCUGAAAAUUUCAUCAUUAUGUUGAAAAACAUGUAGAAUUAACAUUGUAAAUAGUAGUUAUAAGAUGUAUGAUAAUUUUUAAUGAUUCUAUGAUAAUUGUUAUAUUUAUUAUUUGUGUGUGAGAUCACCAAAUAAAAUGUGUUCAAUUGCACACAUAUCUUACAGGAAGGUAUGAAAGACAGUACACAUACAAUUUCAUUUUGCAGUGUUUCAUUGUUCAAAUGGGCAUGAUGUGGGGUCCUGCAUCCGUCAUGUGGUAUUUGUCAGUAUGACAUCUUUAACAUAUUUGAGCCCUCGUUCAUGUGAAAAGGGUUACAACUGCAUCUGACAUAUCAACUAGUACAAAUGGUGAUAAAUAUUAGGAUACCCCUUUAAAGAAUGAAGACAUUCUGCUCCUGUGGCAACUUUGAACAUAUGACAGGCAUGUGUCUAGUUUGUAGUUGUCACACAAUGUUAUCCAUUUAUCAAAUUCCUUAAUGCUACAAGGC